AUGGGUCGUGUUAUUCGCAACCAGAGAAAGGGCCGUGGCUCUAUCUUCACUGCCCCCGCCCAGUUCCGUACCCUCGAUUUCGCUGAGAGACACGGCUAUGUUCGCGGUGUCGUGAAGGAGAUCAUCCACGACCCCGGCCGUGGUGCCCCCCUCGCCAAGGUCGUCUUCCGUGACCCCUACCGCUUCAAGCUCCACACCGAGACCUUCAUCGCCAACGAGGGCAUGUACACCGGCCAGUUCAUUUACGCCGGCAAGAACGCUUCCCUCACCAUUGGCAACGUCCUCCCUCUCGGAUCCUGCCCCGAGGGUACCGUUGUCACCAACGUCGAGGAGAAGAUGGGUGACCGUGGUGCUCUUGGCCGCACCUCCGGUAACUACGUUACCGUCAUUGGCCACAACCCCGACGAGGGCAAGACCCGUGUCAAGCUCCCCUCGGGUGCCAAGAAGGUCGUCAAGUCCUCCGUCCGUGGUAUGAUCGGUAUCGUCGCUGGUGGCGGUAGAACAGACAAGCCUCUGCUCAAGGCUUCGCGCGCUAAGCACAAGUUCGCCGUCAAGCGCAACUCAUGGCCCAAGACUCGUGGUGUUGCCAUGAACCCCGUCGAUCACCCUCACGGUGGUGGUAACCACCAGCAUAUCGGUAAGGCCUCGACCAUCUCCCGCUACGCCGCCCAGGGUCAAAAGGCUGGUCUCAUUGCCGCCCGCAGAACUGGUCUGCUCCGUGGUACACAAAAGACCAAGGAGUAA